AUGAUGGAGGAGAUAGACCGCUUCCAGGUGCCAGCCGUUCGGGCCGAGAUGCAGCCGCUGGAUCCAACAGCUGCAUCUAUUUUGGACAGAGAUUGUGGUAUGAGAGGAGAGACUGUAGCCAUGAACUGUAAGCCAUCCCCACUUCAAGUGAAAUUAGAGAAGCAGAGGGAGCUGGCUCAGAAGGGCUUCCUGAAGAAUGGCAACAUGGGAAGCCCAGUUAAUCAGCAGCCCAAGAAGAACAAUGUGAUGGCACGAACAAGGCUCGUCAUUCCCAAUAAAGGCUAUUCGUCAUUAGAUCAGAAUCCAGAUGAAAAGCCACUGGUAGCCCUGGAUACAGACAGUGAUGAUGACUUUGACAUGUCCAGAUAUUCCUCCUCAGGAUACUCAUUAGCUGAGCAGAUCAACCAAGACUUGAACAUCCAGCUCCUAAAGGAUGGGUACCGGUUAGAUGAGAUCCCAGAUGAUGAGGACCUCGACCUAAUUCCCCCUAAAUCUGUGAACCCUACCUGCAUGUGUUGCCAAGCCACCUCUUCCACCGCCUGUCACAUCCAGUAG